CGACGCCACAGGAACCAGCGCCCCGAGCCUGUGCUCUACCGAGGCGCCUCCCGGAGCCCGUCGGGGGGCGUGUAGACCCGAGCGCGGCGGGGCUUCGAGACCCGCUGGGGCCAAAUCUUUAGCUUGAGGCGUCGCUGCGCCGAGGACGAUGAACCGCAGCCGCCAGGUGACGUGCGUGGCCUGGGUCCGCUGCGGCGUGGCCAAAGAGACGCCAGACAAGGUAGAGCUUAGUAAAGAAGAAGUGAAACGUCUCAUUGCUGAAGCAAAGGAAAAAUUACAAGAAGAAGGUGGCAGUGAUGAAGAGGAGACAGGUGAUCCUUCAGAAGAUGGCAUGCAGAGUGCCCGUACCCAGGCCCGACCUCAGGAGCUCCUGGAGGAUGGCGACCCAGAGGAUGACAGGACGCUGGAUGAUGAUGAGCUGGCCGAGUACGCCUUAGACAAAUAUGAUGAGGAAGGUGACCCAGAUACUGAAACUCUUGGUGAAUCUCUUUUGGGUCUUACAGUCUAUGGGAGUAAUGAUCAAGAUCCUUAUGUUACUCUGAAAGAUACGGAGCAGUACGAACGUGAAGAUUUCUUGAUUAAGCCCAAUGACAAUCUCAUAGUUUGUGGCCGAGCUGAACAGGACCAGUGCAAUUUAGAGGUACAUGUUUAUAAUCGAGAAGAAGAUUCUUUUUAUGUCCACCAUGAUAUCCUCUUGUCUGCAUACCCUUUGAGUGUGGAAUGGCUGAAUUUCGAUCCUAGCCCGGAUGAUUCAACUGGAAAUUACAUUGCUGUGGGAAACAUGACCCCCGUUAUUGAAGUGUGGGACCUUGAUAUAGUGGACUCUUUGGAGCCAGUCUUUACACUUGGAAGUAAGCUAUCAAAAAAGAAGAAAAAGAAAGGAAAGAAGAAUUCCUCAGCAGAUGGGCAUACCGAUGCUGUCCUUGACCUUUCUUGGAAUAAGCUGAUCAGAAAUGUACUGGCCAGUGCAUCAGCUGAUAACACUGUUAUUCUGUGGGAUAUGUCCUUGGGGAAACCAGCAGCCAGCCUUGCCGUACAUACAGACAAGGUCCAGACUCUCCAGUUUCAUCCAUUUGAAGCACAGACUCUGAUUUCUGGAUCAUAUGAUAAGUCGGUGGCUUUGUAUGACUGCCGAAGUCCAGAGGAAGGCCAUCGAAUGUGGCGAUUCAGUGGGCAGAUCGAGAGAGUGACUUGGAAUCACUUUUCACCUUGUCAUUUUUUGGCCAGUACAGAUGACGGCUUUGUAUAUAAUUUGGAUGCACGUUCAGAUAAGCCAAUUUUUACACUUAAUGCACACAAUGAUGAAAUUUCUGGUCUUGAUCUAAGUAGUCAAAUCAAGGGCUGUCUUGUGACUGCAUCAGCGGACAAGUAUGUGAAGAUCUGGGACAUAUUAGGAGAUAGGCCAAGCCUAGUUCACUCUAGGGACAUGAAAAUGGGAGUUCUCUUCUGUUCUUCCUGUUGCCCUGAUUUGCCAUUUAUUUAUGCUUUUGGAGGUCAGAAAGAAGGGCUUCGGGUCUGGGAUAUAAGCACAAUCUCUUCAGUAAAUGAAGCAUUUGGAAGACGAGAGAGGCUUGUUCUCGGCAAUACAAGAAAUUCAUCUGUUAGUGGCCCUUUUGGGAGCAGGAGCUCAGCAACACCAAUGGAGUCUUAAUGAAGAGCAUACAGUUUCCUGUUUUAUUUACCCUAACUCAGUUUUUUAAAGCUGGCCUGAAGGUGUUCCCUGCUGCAGCCAUCAAAAUGACUGAAACAAAAUUGCCUGACAUUCCUCUCUGAAGCUGUGGUGGCAGCACAAACAGGGCUGGUCUUUGUGCUAAUAACCUUUCAAGCAUGUGGUCUAUAGGGCUCCACUUGCAUUUCUUGAAAGGGAUAAUAAAAAAGGUUUUUUAAAAAUAAUUCCUUAAGUAUGCCAUUUGUCACAGGUAGUCUAGGUUUGUAAAAUAAGUAGUACUUCAUAGAAUUUUAAGAGAGGAAAAUCCUCUAAUCUUAAAAGAUAGGUAAACCCAGGCCUAGAAAAGUGGUAAUUAGGCCAAGAUUGCACAGUAGACCAUGAGCACAGGCAGGUCCCUCUGGGACUACACUUUCCUGACCAGCUGUUCUCCAAUUAGUGCUCACGACUUAUAAGUGUUCUUAGUGCUACUCUUAAAAGUGGCAUGCCUUUUUUUGUCCAUAGCAUAGUAUUCAGUGUUACCAAACAAAAGAGGCAUUACAUAAUGAUAGUCCAACAAGAGGAUAUAACAUUUGUAAAUAAAUAUUUAGGUACCCCUAUGUUGGGUGAAUAAAUAAAGCAAAUACCAAAAGAGCUAAAAGGAGAAGUAGCAAUACAAUAACUAGUAGGAGACUUUAGUACCCUACUUUCACCAAUGGGUAGCUCAUUCAGACAGAAAAUAAGGAAACAUCGGCCUUAAAUGACACAUUAGAACAGAUGGACUCAGCAGACAUAUGUAGAAUAUUCCACCCAAAGCAAGAGAAUACAUUCUCAAGCACACAUGGAAUAUUCUCCAGGAUAGAUCAUGUUAUACCACAAAUGAGUCUCAAUAAAUUUAAGAAGACUAAAAUCAUAUAAAGCAUCUUUUCUAACUACAGUUAUGAAACUAGACAUGUUACAAGAAGAAAAUUGGAAAAUUUCACAAAUAUGUGAGGAUUAAACAACAUCCUAUUGAAUAACUAAUGUGUCAAGAAAUCAAAAGAACAAUGAAAAUGGAAAUACAACAUACCAUAAUUUAUGGGAUGCAGCAAGGGUAGUUAUAAGAGGAAAGUUCUUAGCAAUAAAUGCCUACCAUCAAGAAACAAAGAUUUCAAACAAACGACCUCAGUUUACACCUCAAGGAACUAGAAAAAGAGCAAAGCCCAAAGUUAGUAGACAGAAGGAAAAAGAUCAGCGUGGAAAUAAAUGGAAUAGAGGCUAAAAAGACAAUAGAAAAGAUCAAUGAAACCAAGAGCUACUUUUUGAAAAGAUAAAACUGACAAACCUUUUGCUUGACUCGGAAAAAAAGAGAGAUGAGGACUUAAAAUCAGAACUGAAAGGGGAAAGGUUAUAACUCAAUACCCCAGAAAUACAAAGGAUCAUAAGAGACUACUGUGAGCACUGUACAUCAACAAACCGGACAACUACCAAGACUGAAUCAUGAAGAAAUAGAAAAUCUGAACACACCAAUUACUAGUAAGAAUGUUGAGUCAGUAAUCAAAAACCUCCCAGUAAAGUCCAGGACCAGAUGUCUUCACUGGUGAAUUAUACCAAAGUUAAUACCAAUCCUCAAACUCUUCCAAAAAAUAUAAGUGGAGGGAAUACUUCCAAACUCAUUUUAGAAGGCCAGCAUUACCCUGAUACCAAAACCAGACAAGGAUGCCACAAGAAAAUUAAAGGCCAAUAUCCCUAAUAUAGAUGUGAAAAUCCACAAAAUAUCAUUAUUAGCACAAACUGGAUUCAACAAUACAUUAAAAGGAUCAUACACCAUGAUCGAGUCAGAUUUACCCCAAGGAUGCAAGAAUAGUUCAACAUCUGCAAAUCAAUUAAUAUGAUACACCACAUUAACCAAAAAAAAAAAAGAUAAAACUCAUAGGAUCAUCCAAUAGAUGCAAAAAAAUCACAUUUGACAAAUUCAAUAUCAAUUUAUGGUAAAAAACAAGGUGGGUAUAGAGGGAAUGUACCUCAACAUAAUAAAGGACAUAUAUGACAAGCCCACAGCUAACAUCAUAUUCAGUGGUGAAAAGCUGAAAGCUUUUCAUCUAAGAUCAGGAACAAGACAAGGAUG